UUCAGUUUAUAUUUUUAUAUAAAAAAAAAGAACAUUUAAUAAAAAUCUAUUUUAAGAAGUUUAAAAUAUUUAAUAUAAUACAAAAUCGUUAUGUGUAGUUUAUAGAUGAUAAAGAGUCAAUGUUAAAAUAUUAAUUAAAGUGAUUAUAAAUAAAAUUAUCUUAAAUUAAGUUAUUCGGCCAAAAUGGAUGAUGAGUUUGCUUUAUGUUGGAAUAAUUUUACGGAUAAUAUAACAACCGGGUUUCAAAAUCUUUAUGAUCGGGGUGACCUUAUUGAUGUUACACUAGCAUGUGAUGGAAAAUUGUUACAUGCACAUAAAAUUGUUUUAGCAAUUUGUAGUCCAUAUUUCCAAGAAAUGUUUUUGACGAAUCCUGAUAAGCAUCCAAUAAUAAUUCUCAAAGAUGUUACAUUUAAUGUAAUGUGCGAAUUAUUACAAUUUAUGUAUCAAGGUGUUGUUAAUGUGAAACAAACGGAAUUAUCAUCUUUUAUGAAAAUAGCUCAACUAUUACAAAUAAAAGGUUUAACAGGAAGUAGUAAUAAUAAUUCAAACAAUUCACCAAAAUCGCCAAUGAUACAUACGGAUCAUGACCAUCAUCAAACAGCAACCAAUUCAUCAUCAUCUUUAACACAAAAUCCAAUAACUAGUAAAUCAUCAUCUAGUAUACAUAAUAACAACAACAACAAUAAUAAUAAUAGUAAUAGUAAUAAUAAUUUAAACUCACCUGAUACAAUAUCUUCGUCAGCUGCUCAUAGUAGCAACAACAAUAAUAGCAACAAUAAUCAAUUAGAACCGAAAAAUUCUCAUUCAUCAACAAGUCAAUUACAACAGCAAUCUCAUCACUCCUUGCAACAACAACAACAAUUAUCACGAACGCAUAUAUCAGAGAAUUCAUCAUCAUCAAUAUCAUCUAUUGGUCCUGCAACAGCAAAUUCAUCGUUAAACUUAAAGCGAUUAAAUGAUUUUCCAAAUGAUUCUUUAUCAAUUUAUUCUCGAAAACAAAUGAAAAGGACAGUCUCAGAAUUGAGUGAACAUCAUCAUAAUAUUAAUAGUAAUGAUUCAAUAGAUCAUAUGAAUCCAGAAGAUGUAUUCUUACCACCAAUACCACAAAUUACAAUGGGGGGCGGCGGAAGCGGUGGCGGUACCAGCAGUGGUUCAAGUGGGGGUAAUGAUCCCAGUGCAAUAAGUAGCAAUAUUGGAAAUAUUGGUAGUAAUAAUGAUUCACGUUUUAAUUUAAUUAAUGUAAAACGUGAAAUAAGUGAUCAUCAUUCAUCACGCUCAAUAAGUCCCAAUGGGGCUGGCAAUAGCAAUGUUUCUUCAUUAAGAUCGCAAUUACCACACUUUAAUUUCGAAUACAAUAUUUAUGCAGCUGCUGCAGCAAACAAAAAUUUGGAAUAUCCGAACGAUUUGCAUUUACCGAAUGAUUUUUCCAAAAGUACAGCAAAUCAUAUGGACAUACCAGCAGUAGCUGGUAAUGCAAUAACAAUGCUGUCGUCAACAUCCUUAUUGCAUGGAAGUUGUAUAUUCAAUCGAAAUAAUACUGUUGCAACACAACAAGGUAUGAAAACAUACUGGCUGUGCAAAUCAUAUCGCAUAAGUAUGUGUCGGGCACGUUGCAUAACACAUCAGGGACGCGUUAUAAGUGCAACAGGAGUUCAUAACCAUCCACCACAUAUGAAAAACAAUGAAAUUAUUAAUAUGAGUCUAUUUCAAUUCCCUUCGACCCAACAAUCUCAACAUCCACAGCAACAACAGCAACAAACACAGCAAACAUCAACAUCACAAAUAUCACAGCAACAACAUCAUCAAGUACCUGGAUUACAACAGCAACAAUCUUCUCAAACUGCUUUAUUAUCAGUAACAUCAGCUACCUCAUUAAAUCAAACUGCAGCUGGAUUAGGAUUAAGUAAUACAAACAUAAAUAACACUAAUAUACAUGGUGCUUUAGGAAUUGGCGUCUUUGGUGCAAAUAGUGGUGGUAACAGCAAUGGUUCGAAUAAUGGCAACAAUAUAUUAAGUAAUGUAAAUAGUGGAGGACUAGAAUCUAAUUCAAAUUCCUCUUCAGCUAAUUUAAGCAGCCCGAAUAUGCGUUUGACGCAAAAUUCAAAUUUACAUUUACAGCAAUUACCUCCAAAUUUUCAAAAUUCAACAUCUCAUUUAAGUCAUUUAAAUGUAACUACUGGGAAUAAUAAUAAUUUUAGUAACUCGCCACCAAAUACUGGUUUAUCUAAUAAUCCACAUCAGUCACAGCAGCAUCAACAUCACAAUUUGAUGCAAAAUGUUUUAUCACAUUCAAACAGUUUGGUGCAUUUGUCAAAUUUAUCUGGCAGCAUAUUAAAUGUCAACAAUUCUAUGAGUCAACAACAACUUCAACAGCAGCAACCUUUGUCUCCUAUUCAUGCACAUCAACAACAACCAUCUCAUCAUUCAAGUUUACAACAUUUGCAACACCAAAUUUCUCAAUUAUCUCCAUCUGAAAUAUCUUCAACUUCUCCAACCUUAAUACAUCCACAUCAUCAUCAUAUACAUCAUCAUAAUAUGCACCAUCAUUCACAUCAUCAUCAUCAUCUUCAAUCAUUGGCAUCAAACGUACAAAUGGCAACAACAAUAGAAGGCAGUGAUAAUAAUAACGAUAAUGGUGACAAUAGCCCAAAUUUACAUAGUCCACAAAAUUCAGAUCGAAGAAAUGAUUCUGAAAUACAACAUCAUCAUAAUCAUCAUCGUAGUAAUCAUGGUCAAGGAAUAGAAUCCCCAACUUUACAACAAUCACAAAAUCAAAUACCAUUAAAUUCUCCAAUAUCAUCAACAAAUCAAAAUAACGCUGUUAACGACAAUAAUUUACAAACAAUAGAAGAUCGUCAUCAUCAUCAUCACUCGCAUAAUUCACAUCACCAUCAUCAUUCAACAAUAAUUGUUGCAAAUGAACCAACUGAUAAUAACGGUAAAAAAGUUGAAGGGUCCCAUCAUAAUAAUAACGACGAUGAAAAUGAUAGCGAUAUAAAUAAUAUUAAUGAAAACGGUAAUAGUCAUCCACAUAAUUCAAGCCAAUCGAGUAUGUUAGCAACAAUAAGUAUAUCACCAGAACCACAUCCUGCUUUUAAAAUAGAAGACAUGUAAAAACAAAUGCGCUCGAGUAAUAUUUCUAUAAACCAAAAAAAUAUGAAGUAGAAAUGAGCAAGAAAAUGUUAAACUUAUAGUCGAUAACAUCAUAAACAUAUUGGCAAAUAAAUUUUAUUAUUACGUUCAUUUUUUGUUUUAUAUAAAUAAGGCACACAUUUGUAAAUAUUUUUUAAGCUUUUUUAAGCUUAUAUAAAGAAUAACUAACUUAAGUCAUUGGAAAAGUGUUUCCUUUUUCAUAAAUUUCAUAUGAAUAUAUUUUAUUAUCUAUUAUUACCCAAUC